AUGGACGAGGACGAUGUAUUGGACUUGGGCUGUGAGGUUCUGCCGUGGGUCAGCACGCAACUUAUUCUUAUAGGAAAACAGACGCGUGAUAACGCUUACGGUACGUUGGGAUGCGAGCUGUUUGUUUUAUCUCAGCAGAUCCCAGCUAUCAGCCAGACAGCCCUUGUGCGACAAAGAUUGUUGAAAAUAUUCGAGAUUAUCGAUAAAGCGUGCUCAACGUCGCGGAAUGUGGCAGAUCGCUUUCGGGCUCUGGGCAGAAUCGAAGAUUAUAAAAAGUCGACGAGCAAUAUUGGACAGACUGUAAUCAGAGAGACCCAGGAAAGCCUGACGCAUUUUGUCCGACAUAGCCCAGAAUACAAUGCUCUCUUACGAUUGAUUUCCGACGGUUUCACGGUGGACGAGACGGAGCCGCUAUAUACGGAGGAAUAUCAGGACGAUAGCGACAUCGGAUACUCGGGGUACCUGAACCAAAUCCUCUACACUCAGUUACAGACCUACGCUGAAUGUGGCUGCCCCACUGUUCACUUGGAAUCGACUCGACUGCGACUGAGUACUGACAAUCAAAUCGGUGACGAUGAUGUUUCCUUUGAGCUCGCCUUCAAGGCCAAGCUUUUCCCACCUACGAGCACUUCAUCAUUCGUGCCGUGGAAGGCGUCGAUUGUGAAAGUUUCAAGACAGACUAAUGUCCAGAAGAACAAGAAGGUUGGGUUCGCAUCCACAUAUGGUGAUUUAUUAUCAUCGAAACGCAAUAGCUCGCUCUUAUCCCGGAGAUUGAGACGGCUAGAGCGGGGGGAAUUCUGCAAGUUGAUCGACAAUUGCCUUGGCAAGCCUGUUCAGUUUUGUAUUCAAUCAAACGUGCUGCAAGUGAUCGAAUCACCUGAUCCUAAGUCCUCCCGUGGCAUUUUCCCCAUCGAAGGACGUUCACUAGGGCAAUGGCUUAAACAAAUACCUCAUCUUUCGAACAAGGGAAAGUCUCAUCUAGCCUAUACCAUUGCCAAGUCCGUGUGGCAGUAUUACAGUUCAGCGUGGAUGAUGGCACCCUGGACUCACGGGAGCAUUCAACUGCUAACUGAGAAAACUGGCCUGGCAGAUAUUGGAAAGCCACAUCCAUAUCUGACAGCAAACAUGGCCCGAGCGGUGGUUACUUCUACGGACCGCUAUAAUGCCGAUAACCUCAUGCACCAAUAUCCAUACAUUCUAGCAUUAGGGGUUCUUCUUAUCGAAAUUGCCAUCAAGCAGCCCCUGACAAGUGAAGAAUGCCCUCACCCCUUCAGCGAAACUGCGAUUAACGACUACUAUACGUGGGCGUGGACAACGGCGCACAGAAGCAAUUUGAAGGACAUGGUGCAUCCUAUGUACGAGGAGGCUGUUAAUAACUGUCUCAACCCUGAGCUAUUUGGUGGCGACUCCAUACAACAGUACGGGUAUACAGAGCAGAUAACGGCCCGACAGAACGUUUUAUACGAUAAAGUUGUUUCCCCAUUGAAGAGAUUGUUUGAAGCCUUUCAAAAUAACUUGGGUAUCCCGGGCGCUCCUACCGCGAAAACGCUCAACACAGUCGCUCACCAUGUUAUUCCAGAGACUUCCAAUGCCUCACAAUUCCCCCAUAAAGCAGAUUUCACGGUCGCAAUAUUCUGUGCUUUGCCGCUAGAGGCUAAUGCGGUCAGUGCCCUGUUUGAUGAAAGAUUUGAAGACAUCGGCCUGUAUAGGAAUUCACCGGGAGACUCGAACACGUACACACUCGGUCGAAUGGGUCGCCAUAACACCGCAUUGGUACAUCUUCCGGGUAUGGGAAAGAGUGUUGCGGCUCAAGCAUCCUCUUCAAUACGGUCAACCUAUCCGAACAUUAAGCUCGCCCUGGUGGUCGGAAUCUGUGGCGGCGUCCCAUAUAAGAAGGGGAACAAAGAAAUCCUUCUCGGAGAUAUAGUAGUCAGUGAUGGGAUUAUCCAGCAUGAUUUCGGGCGAAGGAUUCCUGGGGCAUUUCUGCCUAAAGCAUCGGUUGCCGAUGGGCUGGGGCGGCCCAUCGUCAAUAUAAGAGGUUUCCUUUCGAAGUUAAAGACAACCCUAGAACAACAGCAUGUUUCGAACAAAAUGACGGAAUAUAUGGGAGCUAUGAAUGAAAAGCCUGGCAAUAACACUGGUCGAUAUCCAGGAGUUGAACAAGACAAACUAUACGAGCCAAGCUAUCAGCAUAAACACCGUGGCAGCACUACUUGCAUCAGCUGCGCAGACUCGACCAAUACUAUGAUAUGCGGCGAGGUGUUUGAUCUAUCGUGUCAUGAACUGAGAUGCGGGGAAGAAAACCUUGUGAAACGGAUGCGGCUCCAGGCUGCACUUACACAGGGGGAUCCUCCUUCUCCGGCAAUUCACCUAGGGCUCAUUGCAUCGGGCGAUACUGUCAUGAAAUCUGGACAAGACAGAGACCUCAUCUCUGAGCGUCAUAAUGUGAUAGCGUUCGAAAUGGAGGGUGCAGGGGUCUGGGAGAGUCUGCCUUGUCUAGUGGUGAAGGGUGUUUGUGACUAUGCCGACAGCCAUAAGAAUAAAGUAUGGCAACCGUAUGCUGCAGCGACAGGAGCAGCCUGCAUGAAAGCUUUACUCGAUAGGUGGCCAUUUUAA